AUGCGUCGCAACAAGCAAGGAUCUUCAACGCAUCGCACGUACAGGGCAGGCCGCGCUGCAGGCGCAGAAGCUGCACGAAAGAUGGACGGAGACACGUUGGCUGGAGCACCCGGACGGAUAGCCCAGGGCGCCUGCAAGCCUGCUGCGCUUCGGCGAGCUGACUCGGGUCUUGACGUGUUCAGUGAGAACGAUGCGCCAACAUCACCGAGCAAGAGUUCGCGCCCGGCAAAGGCACAGCAGAUGGAUGUUAGAAGUCGCCGAGGCGGCGAUGAACAGCGUGCGCACGACUCGGCGGCCUGA